GUUGCCGGUGUUGUUGGGUGAGAGCAGCAGCAGCAGCAGGAGGCGGGUAUAUAAGGCUGGCUGGCCUCGUCCACCCUCACAAGUGUCGUAGCUCACAACACAACAAGCAUGAUGAUGAAGGGCAGUGUGGUGUUGCUCCUGGUGGUGCUGAGUUCCCUGGCGGCCGCCAGUCCUCAUGGCUCCUACGGUGGUCGACGCCGCCCUUAUGGUCAAGGCACCAGUGGCCUGCAUGGUGGCCGUAGACCUGUGGCCACUCUUGUCCAUGGUGGUGCCACUCAUGGCUCUGGUGGCUUCGGUGGUGCUACCCAUGGCACUGGUGCCUUCGGUGGUGCCUCUCAUGGCUCUGCUGGCAUCGGUGGUGCCUCCCAUGGCUCUGCUGGCUUCGGUGGUGCCUCCCAUGGCUCUGGUGGCUUCGGUGGUGCCUCCCAUGGCUCUGGUGGCUUCGGUAGUGCCUCCCAUGGAUCUGGUGGCUUCGGUGGUGCCUCCCAUGGCUCUGGUGGCUUCGGUGGUGCCUCCCAUGGCUCUGGUGGCUUCAGUGGUGCCACCCAUGGCACUAGUGGCCAAGGGUACCAGAAGAAGCCCUACCACGGAUAAACGACAGGUCCUCCCCUCCUUGUUGACUCAGUCAUGUCACCAACAUGAUGGCUCCUGUACCUGGCCAGUUAACUUGUUCUUUUGUUAAUAUUCUUUUCCUUUUGUUAAACUUUCACAAUAAAACAAAUUUUAAAUA